AAUUAAUGCAAAACCUCAUCUCUUGUCUUUCUGUCUCUGAAACAGUCUCAAACUCACUCACUCACUCCUCUCUCCCUCUCUUCCAUGGAAGAAACCAAUGGAAGAAGAGAAACUCACGAUUUCAUGAACGUCAACGUUGAAUCCUUCUCUCAGCUUCCAUUCAUCCGCCGUACACCUCCCAAAGAAAAAGGCUCCAUUAUUCGUCUCUUUGGCCAAGAGCUCGUCGGAGAUAACUCCUCCGGUACUACUCAACAGGAGGAGGACAUUCUUGAAACCACAAAAACCAAGAUCAACGACGAGAGAUCGGAGAAUGUCAAGGAGAAAGACAAAGACAGCAGCAGUAACAGGAGAUUCGAGUGUCACUACUGUUUCAGAAACUUCCCAACUUCACAAGCCCUAGGUGGACACCAAAACGCUCACAAACGCGAACGCCAACACGCCAAACGCGGUUCUGUGCCAUCAUACCUUCAUCAGUCUGGCUCUCACCACGUCUACGGCUUCCUCAACAACCACCACCACCGUCACUAUCCCUCGUGGACAACGGAAGCUAGAUUCUACGGUGGUGGUGGUGCUGGAGUAGCACAACAAACGCCGUCGUAUUACUCACGCACUCUUCCUCCUCCUCCUUCUUCUUCUAACACACCGACGAUCAACGGAAGUCCUUUAGGUUUGUGGCGUGUACCGCCUUCCACGUCAGCAAACGCUAUUCAUAGCGUUUACUCAGCUUCACCAGCGUUUAGGACGCAUGACCAGGAGAGUAAGGAGCCGCAUUGGCCUUACAAGUUGAUGAAACCUAAUGUGCAAGAUCAUGUGAGUCUCGAUCUUCAUCUUUGACACUUUUUUUUGGUGUCCAUAUAUCAUUUUAACUUAGCCGUGAUGAGACUCGUUCGAAACGGUGAGGCCAAUGUGAAAAAAAAUGACGAGAUAUUCAUGUUUUGUAAGGAGAACCGGCAUGAUGUGUAGAUCUUGAACCUUUGAGGUUUCUUUCUUCAGAUUCUGAGUUUAUAUAUAUUAAUAAAAAAUCAUUUCUGAUUUAAGUUUAGGAAAA